AUGGAAAUGCAGGAGCUCGAAUUUAUCAUCCACGCAGACGGGCGGGUCGAGGAGCGCGUGCGCGGCGUCAAGGGCGCCAACUGCCAGGAGAUCACCGCCAAAAUUGAGUCGGCGCUGGGGGAGGUGUACCAUACUGAGGCUACCGAGGAGAUGUACGAGGUUGAGGUGCAAAACACCAACGAGAACACAAACUCCGCUGACGAGCGGCUUGCGAGCGCCGGGCCUCCCUUCGAGCGCGGUAAAACGAGUCCUGCCUCGCGCUACACGCAAGCCGUGAGCGUCCUUGUGGGGCUUGUGAAAAUGUGA